CCAACUGCUUCCUUUUCCAGUCCUUUGCCGUACUGCUUUACUCUCUCCCUUCGUUUUCAGGGUUUUGCUCCAUUUGUUCGUGCGCCUCCCCUGCCCCAGCUAAGCCAGGAAAAAACCCUCUGCUUUCGGCUCUUGCCCGAACCAUCUUCUUUUGCCGCCGCUCGCUCCAUAGGCGAAGAAGGGUUUAUCCUCUCUCUGUUUUCCCUUUUCCCCCUGUCAUUUGUUUUACUCGGUCUUUGUUAAAAGGCAGGAACUUUUCAAUCCGAUAACCAGAAAUGGAGGCUUGCACCGGAACUGCAGUUAUGGGUUCUCUGCAACAGCCCCUUUGGAGCAAGGGAACAGCUUUCACUCCCAAGAAGUCUACUUUUGUUCUCUUCCCGCGCCAGGUUAAGCUCCAGUCCUUGAAACCCUGUAAAGCGUCUCUCGAAGGCAGCUUGGUGACUGGCAGGCCUCCCUCAUCCAUCUCUGUGCCGAUUCCAGAAGCUGAAGGUGAUACAAGUGGCUUCCAGGACCAUGCGCUUAACAAUGCUGAUCCAGAGGUUCAUGAUAUUAUCAGAAAGGAAAAGGAAAGGCAGUUCAAGAGCCUGGAGCUCAUUGCCUCCGAGAAUUUUACUUCUCGGGCGGUUAUGGAGGCUGUUGGUUCUUGUCUGACUAACAAGUAUUCUGAAGGACUACCUGGUAAAAGAUACUAUGGUGGAAAUGAACAUAUUGAUGAGCUUGAAACACUAUGUCAAGAAAGAGCUUUGGCCGCUUUUCACUUGGAUGGAAACAAGUGGGGUGUUAACGUGCAACCAUUGUCUGGUUCCCCUGCCAAUUUUGAGGUUUACACUGCGAUUCUUAAACCACACGACCGUAUCAUGGGUUUGGAUUUGCCACAUGGAGGACAUUUGUCUCAUGGAUUCAUGACUCCUAAAAGACGGGUGUCUGGCACUUCAAUAUAUUUCGAGUCUAUGCCCUACCGGCUUGAUGAGUCCACAGGUCUGGUUGAUUAUGACAUGCUUGAAAAGACUGCUAUUCUGUUUCGACCAAAACUUAUCAUUGCUGGUGCUAGUGCCUACCCUCGCGAUUUUGAUUAUCCUCGCAUGAGGAAAAUAGCGGAUUCUGUUGGUGCUUUUCUCAUGAUGGAUAUGGCUCACAUAAGUGGACUAGUUGCAGCCUCUGUGGUUGGUGAUCCGUUUGAGUACUGUGAUGUUGUGACAACAACAACACACAAGUCUCUACGAGGUCCAAGAGGUGGGAUGAUCUUCUUUAGAAAGGAACCUGUUCUCGGUGUUGAUCUAGAAACUGCCAUCAACAAUGGGUUUCUACGGCAUUCGCUCACUGGGUUGUGGUACUUGUUGCAGGGAGGUCCCCAUAAUCAUACAAUUGGAGGACUAGCUGUAUGCUUGAAGCAUGCUCAAUCUCCUGCAUUUAAAACUUACCAGAAGCAGGUCAUUGCCAAUUGCAGGGCACUAGCACAACGACUAGGCGAAUUGGGAUAUAAGCUUGUUUCUGGAGGGAGUGAUAAUCACCUUGUUCUUGUAGAUGUGAGGCCAAUGGGAAUUGAUGGAGCUCGAGUGGAGAAAAUCCUGGACUUGGCUUCCAUCACGCUCAACAAGAACUCAGUCCCAGGCGAUAAAAGUGCCUUGGUGCCAGGCGGAAUUCGCAUUGGUUCGCCUGCCAUGACUACCAGAGGGUUCAAGGAAAGCGAAUUUGUGGCAACAGCUGAGUUGAUUCACGAAGGGGUGCAAGUAGCACUGGAAGCUAAGUCAUUAGCUUCAGGGCCAAAGCUGCAGGACUUCUUGAAAUUUGUUGCAUCGCCAGAGUUCCCUCUACAAGAUAAACUGUCGGAUCUUAGGAAACGUGUUGAAGGGCUGACGACCCAGUUCCCCAUUCCCGGAGUAUGAGCGACGAGGAUGAAUGCUUGGGUGGGUGGAUGGAACAUGGGAUGAGUUAGGGUUAUAGAUGAUGUGAAGCUUAUGUAGCAAGUCUAUCGAGGGCAAGUUACUCUUAGAAGUGAGAACUACUAUGGUAUUAGGUGAAAGAUAAUGCUGCCGUUAUCUGCAAUGGCAAAAUUUUGCAGCUCCUAUGUGUUUAAGUUUAACACACAUUUCCUUUAAUAGCUUACCCUGCUUGUCUGAGACUGAGGGAUAUUAUGCUAUAGUAGAUCUGAGCUGGGUUUAGGUUCCUUUCUGGUUAUGGUUUCAGCACUUCAGCGAAAUAUGUCUGCUAAAUAUAUCGGCAAUGGCACGAAUCAAGCCAGACUUAUUACAUCGACAAUGUCACGUACUAAACA